GUGGUGUUUGCAUUGCUCAAUCACAGAAAAUCCCACGUGAACCAAGACCUGGAGAAUUUGAAAAAAUUAUCAAACGUCUGCUGGAAACACCUAAUGCCCGUGCAGUGAUUAUGUUUGCCAACGAGGAUGAUAUCAGGAGGAUAUUGGAAGCAGCAAAAAAGUUAAACCAAAGCGGGCAUUUUCUAUGGAUUGGCUCGGAUAGCUGGGGAUCCAAAAUAGCACCUGUCUAUCAGCAAGAGGAGAUUGCAGAAGGGGCCGUGACAAUUUUGCCCAAAAGAGCAUCAAUUGAUGGAUUUGAUCGAUACUUUAGAAGCCGAACUCUUGCCAAUAAUCGAAGAAAUGUAUGGUUUGCAGAAUUUUGGGAGGAGAAUUUUGGAUGCAAAUUGGGAUCACAUGGGAAGAGAAACAGUCACAUAAAGAAGUGCACAGGGCUGGAGCGAAUUGCACGGGAUUCAUCUUACGAACAAGAGGGAAAGGUUCAGUUUGUAAUCGACGCAGUGUAUUCCAUGGCCUAUGCCCUGCACAACAUGCACAAAGAACUCUGCCCAGGAUACAUAGGCCUUUGCCCGAGGAUGGGCACCAUUGAUGGGAAAGAGCUACUGGGUUACAUCAGGGCUGUGAAUUUUAAUGGCAGCGCUGGUACACCUGUCACUUUUAAUGAAAAUGGUGAUGCUCCUGGACGCUAUGAUAUCUUCCAGUAUCAGAUAAACAACAAAAGUACAGAAUAUAAAAUCAUCGGGCACUGGACCAAUCAACUUCACCUAAAAGUGGAAGACAUGCAGUGGGCUAAUAGAGAACACACACACCCAGCAUCUGUCUGCAGCCUGCCUUGCAAGCCUGGAGAGAGGAAGAAAACUGUGAAAGGGGUCCCUUGCUGCUGGCACUGUGAACGCUGUGAGGGUUAUAACUACCAGGUUGAUGAACUCUCCUGUGAACUCUGCCCUUUGGAUCAGAGACCAAAUAUCAACCGCACAGGCUGCCAGAGGAUCCCCAUCAUCAAGUUGGAGUGGCAUUCUCCCUGGGCCGUGGUACCUGUGUUCAUAGCAAUAUUGGGAAUCAUCGCCACCACCUUUGUGAUUGUGACAUUUGUCCGCUAUAAUUAUACACCUAUCGUGCGAGCUUCUGGGCGGGAACUUAGUUAUGUGCUCCUUACGGGGAUUUUUCUCUGUUACUCAAUCACCUUUUUGAUGAUUGCGGCACCUGAUACAAUCAUAUGUUCCUUCCGACGGAUUUUCCUGGGACUUGGUAUGUGUUUCAGCUAUGCAGCACUUUUGACCAAAACAAACCGUAUCCACCGAAUAUUUGAGCAGGGGAAGAAAUCUGUCACGGCGCCUAAGUUUAUCAGUCCAGCAUCCCAGCUGGUGAUCACCUUCAGCCUCAUCUCCGUACAGCUCCUUGGAGUGUUUGUGUGGUUUGUCGUGGAUCCCCCCCACACCAUCAUUGACUAUGGAGAGCAGCGGACACUGGAUCCAGAGAAUGCCAGGGGAGUUCUCAAGUGUGACAUUUCUGAUCUGUCACUCAUUUGCUCGCUGGGAUACAGUAUCCUCCUGAUGGUCACUUGUACUGUUUAUGCCAUUAAAACCAGAGGGGUCCCAGAGACGUUCAAUGAAGCCAAACCUAUUGGAUUUACCAUGUACACCACUUGCAUCAUUUGGUUAGCUUUCAUCCCCAUCUUUUUUGGUACAGCUCAGUCAGCAGAAAAGGUAAGCAACAAGAAAUCCUUGUGA